GUGCCCUGCCUGGUUUGACACACCGUGAGUGGACCGGCUUGACUUGUCACGGGGCCUUGCGGGCAAACAAUGUAUUUCUCUCACCGAAAAUAGUAAGGAAUUUAAAAAACGAGGGGAAAGACAACCGCGGACACCGAGGCGUCGCGACAGAAACACCACGUAGGAUGGGCGAACGGGCGGACAUUACGUUUAAAACCACUGGAUCCAAGUGGCUGCUGCCCGUCAGUGAAUACUUGGGCUUUCCCCUUGAUCAGGUGAAUUUUUUGGCGUGCCAGCUCUUCGCCCUGGGUGCUGCCUUCUGGUUUCGUCUCUACCUCAGUCCAAGCCAUGCCAAUCCCCUGGUCAGGCACGCUGUGGCCGCUCUUCUCGGCAUUGCCUUUCUCAUCUUCUGCUUUGGAUGGUACUCAGCUCACAUCCUGACAGUGGUGGUUGCAAGCUACUUGAUCAUCAUCAAAGCUGACAUCAACAAUGUGCACAGGUACUCCAUGGUGACCGCUAUGGGCUACUUGACAGUGUGCCAAGUGAGCAGAGUCUUCAUUUUUAACUAUGGAGUCCUGUCCACUGACUUCUCUGGGCCUCUGAUGAUCGUUACCCAGAAGAUCACCACACUGGCUUUUCAGCUCCACGAUGGUAUGUGUAAGAAAUCUGAACAGCUGUUCCCGGAGCAGAGGGCUCUGGCUAUAAAUGUGAGGCCGUCUCUCAUCGAGUACCUGAGCUACAAUCUGAAUUUCAUGAGCGUCCUGGUUGGACCGUGCAGUAACUAUACAGAGUACAUAGACUUCAUAGAAGGCAGACACAUCAGCAGGCGUCUCAGACACCACUCGGGGACGUGUAAUGGGCAGAACGGCUAUGAUAAAAUACCAGACCCAUCACCUCUGAACGCUGUCUGCCGAAAAUUGCUGAUCUGCAGUGGAUGCAUGCUGUUUUUCCUCACUGUGACUCGGUCCCUGCCGAUAACGUACAACGUGGACCCUCACUUUGUCGGCCACGCCCCCUUCCUCACAAGGCUCACCUACGCUUUCUUCUCCAUACAAGCAGCAAGGCCCAAAUUCUACUUUGCCUGGACACUAGCUGAUGCAGUCAAUAACGCUGCAGGUUAUGGUUUCUUGAGGAUGGAUGAAAAUGGAAAGCCAUCGUGGGACCUCAUCAGCAACCUCAACAUCUUGGGGAUUGAGACUGCAACCAGCUUUAAGACAUUCAUAGACAACUGGAAUAUUCGAACAGGAAUUUGGCUCAAAACGGUGUGUUAUGACCGAGCGCCCAAGCACAGGUUGGCGUUGACCUUUAUCCUGUCUGCCUUGUGGCAUGGUGUGUAUCCAGGGUACUAUUUCACCUUCAUCACAGCCAUCCCCAUCACCAUGGCAGCACGAGCUGUCCGGAAAUCUGUUCGCCACCACAUAGUGGGCGUCAGAGCCUUGAAGCUGGGUUACGACAUUUUGACUUGGGCAUCCGGCACCAAAAUCUGCUGUGUCAAAGGAGAUUGUUGCCACGAUCGGCUUAAUGGUGCUGAGAUCCGCAUUGGAAACUCCCUCAAUGACAGUGGCAAUGCUAAUCCCAGGUGUGCCUCUAUUAAUUCUAUCCCAGCUGGGACCUCACAAACUUUUGUGUGUAAUGAAAUGGAGGGCCAGUAUGUGAACAUUGUGAUUCCUGGAAGAACAGAAUCUCUGACACUGUGUGAGGUGGAAGUCACUGGUACUAAUAUUGCUAGACAUGGAAAAGCAACUCAGUCCUCCGUUAGGUUGAAUGGCCCCCCCGAAAAGGCAAUUGAUGGAGAUCGGGCAAGCAUCUGGAAUGAAGGGUCCUGCACCCACACAAACCGCGAAAGCAGACCAUGGUGGAGACUGGACCUCCUGAGGACAUAUAAGAUUAACACUGUCACCAUCACCAACAGAGGAGAUUGUUGCCACGAUCGGCUUAAUGGUGCUGAGAUCCGCAUUGGAAAGUCCCUCAAUGACAAUGGCAAUGCUAAUCCCAGAUGUGCCAUCAUCUCGUCUAUCGCAGCUGGGACCUCCAAAACCUUUGCAUGUGAUCUCAUAGAAGGCCAAUAUGUGAACAUUGUGAUUCCUGGAAGAAAAGAAUACUUGACACUGUGUGAGGUGGAAGUCACUGGGAUAGAAUCAGAUGAUUCCUUUGAACAUCCUUAUGGCUGA